GUUCUAGGCUAAUUAGACUCACAUCAUCGUGGUAUUGUGGUAUCGUAUCUCUCUGAAAAUAAGACUGCUAUUGAUUUUUGUUCCAAAAGACGCAUUAGAUUUUCAGCUGUUUGAUUGACAGGAAAUACAGUGAACAGAAAAUACAGUAAAAAUGAUACGUGCAGGUGGCGCUACACCAAUUAUUGUACUUAGUCAAAAUACGACCAGAGAAAGUGGCCAUCAAGUACAAGCUGGUAAUAUUGCCGCUGCGAAGACUAUUGCUGAUGUCAUUCGUACAAGUUUGGGUCCUCGUGCUAUGCUAAAAAUGCUGAUGGAUCCAAUGGGAGGUAUAGUUAUUACCAAUGAUGGUAAUGCUAUUUUACGUGAAAUUACGGUGAAACAUCCAGCGGCAAAGUCAAUCAUCGAAAUAGCUCGUACACAGGAUGAGGAAACUGGUGAUGGUACUACCUCGGUUAUAGUACUUGCUGGUGAAGUGAUGUCGCAAGCACAGCAAUUUUUAGAUCAGAACAUCCAUCCGACUAUUAUUAUUCAGGCUUAUCGGAUGGCUCUAGAAGAUAUGAUCGUGCUCGCUGAGGAAAAAUUCAGCAAGCAGAUUGAUGUAAACAAUGAUGAUGAAGUUACUUCUGUUAUUAAAUCAUGCUUGGGUACAAAAAUGUUGUCGAAAUGGAUGGAUUUAGCUGUUAAAAUGGCUUUAAAUGCUGUUAAAACUAUUAGAAUUAUCGAGCAUGGCCAUCAGGAAAUUGAUAUCAAGCGUUAUUGUCGUAUUGAAAAAAUACCAGGUGGACGAAUUGAAGAUUCACAAGUGAUAAAAGGCGUAGUGUUAAAUAAAGAUGUGACGCAUGCAAAAAUGUUACGUCGGAAGGAAAAACCACGUGUUGUACUUCUUGACUGCAAUCUUGAAUAUAAAAAGGGCGAAAGUCAGAUGGCGCUAGAAAUCAUGAAAGAAGAAGACUUCAGCAAAGUUUUAGAACAAGAAGAAGAUGCAAUCAAGAAAAUGUGUGACGAUAUAAUAGCCGUGAAACCGGAUGUUGUUUUCACAGAGAAAGGUGUUUCUGAUUUAGCUCAACAUUUCCUUCUGAAGGCGGGCGUAACAGCCAUUAGACGCUUGAAGAAAACUGAGAACAACAGAUUGGCUCGUGUUACUGGAGCUACGAUUGUUAAUGAUACGCAGGAUCUUCGUGAAGAAGAUGUCGGUACGCAUGCUGAUUUAUUUGAAAUUAAAAAAAUUGGUGACGAAUACUACACCUAUGUUACUUCCGAAAAAGCCACUGCUGUAACCGUGGUUUUGCGAGGUCCAAGCAAGGAUAUUAUCAAUGAACUAGAACGAAAUCUUCAAGAUGCAUUAAACGUUGUGCGUAAUAUCAUGGUGAAUCCACGUCUUGUUCCUGGUGGUGGUGCUAUAGAGAUGGCAUUGGCUCAGGCCCUAAACGAGAAAGGCAAAUCAAUUGAGGGCGUGCGUCAGUGGCCGUACAAGGCAGCCGCUCAUGCUCUUGAAGUUAUCCCAAGAACAUUGGUACAAAAUUGUGGUGGUUCUACAAUUAGACAGCUAACAGCUUUGAGAGCAAAGCAUGCUCAGGCUGCCAGUAAUUGGACCUGGGGGAUUGAUGGGUGCACUGGUCAGUUGGCUGACAUGAACGAACUAAAUAUUUGGGAUCCGUUAUCGGUUCGCCUGCAAGUUAUGAAAACAGCUAUUGAGACGGGCGUAUUGUUGCUACGAAUCGAUGAUAUCGUUUCGGGAACGAAGAAACGUGAUGGCACUGAUUCAAGUAGUGGAAAUCCUGUUGCUGAUUCUUAAAUUUUCAUUUUCUUUUCUUUUUUAUUGCUCUUAAAAUUUUCAUUUUUUUGUUUUCUUCUUAAAGUUUUCAAUUUUAUUUUCGUUUUGAAUAAAUUUGUUGACAUAUUUGGCCACCUUGCGGAGAUCUUUGCCGAAACAUGAUUUUCUUUUUCGCUGCUAUUGUAUAAGCUUUGAGUAGAAAGUCGCUACUUUUAAAGCCACUCUUUUAAUUACAUCCGUUGAUCAAAUUGUUGGUAUGGACUACAGAUAAAAAGUCAAGAAAAAGAGGAAAUCCCAAUACUUCUUGUUCAUGAAGCAGAAUGUUGAUGAAGCUUGACAUUUACUGCGUCAGUAAGACCACCGCUACUCAUAUUUUUUUCUUUCGAAGUUUUGG